AUGACGCCCGGCAUCCAGACGAGAGGCCACGACGGUCCACGCAAAUAUGCGUACAAUAUCGACGCGGCCCGCGAACGGGAAAUGCACCUGUACCUUCCAUAUUGGGGAUUCUCGGAAACCGAAAAAUUCGCCCAGCAUUCAGUCGGCCAGCAACCCAAUAUCUCACGCGACAGCGCGUUGACAGCAUUCGCGCAAAUAGCGAGUCUCCGAUUAAAUGCGAAGUGCGCACUCAUCUCCCUCUUCGAUCGCACAACGCAGCAUGUUGUUGCCGAGUCAACGCCAAAGCUUGGCUUGCGCAGUACAGAAAGUGGAGAGGGAUCUGAAUCGCUAUGGUGCGGCGUGCAACAACUUCCUCGAGAGAAUAUACCUAUGUGUAAUUGUGCGAUGCAUGCUUUUACUGGUAAGGGGUCGGAGCAUUUCAUGGUCCCGGAUCUCACUCAAGAUGACCGGUUCAAGAAUGCUCCCUUCGUGACAGCGGCACCGCGCCACCGAUUCUAUAUUUCCGUGCCUAUUCGAUCACCAGAACAGUACAUCAUUGGCAGUGUCGCGGUACUGGAUGACAAACCUCGGAAAGGCUUAAGCAAGCAGGAUAUGAAGUUAUUGAAAGAGCUCAGCGAAACCGUUAUGGAUUAUCUGCUUUCGCAGCGCGCCAUGCGCGAGGAGAAUCGUGAAGAGAAGAUGGUGCGCGCACUUGGAUUGUUUGUGCGUGGCCAUUCGGAUCUGAGUCAAGGAAUUGAUGGUCUAGAAGUCCCGGAUGACAAGCCUAAAGGUCUUGCACAUGUCGAUGAAAAGCUUAAGGAAAUUCAGAUAUCCGGUGAAAGCAGUGACAAUAAGCAGGACACUCGGCGCAACGGUGACGGGUGCAAACGGUCUGAGUCGCUAAAGCAGGGAGCGCCGAGUAUGGAACAAAGUCGAAGUCAAUCACCCGUUCGAAAAUUCAAGGCGAAGGAAGACGGGCCACGCGAGUCGGGCGUGGAAAAGGAGGAAAACGACCAGCGACCUUCACUCACGCCUACCACCGAGCGACUGCAGAAGUCUAUCGCCCCACAGAAUGUGCAGUCUGUCCUCAAUAGAGCUGCUUGUCUCAUGAAUCAAGCGCUAGAGACAGAGGGUGCUAUGUUUAUUGAUGCAAGUGUGUAUGCUCGGCGGCAAGUGAUUGGAGUCGACAGUGACUCGCAUCCCAAUAAAGAGUCCAAUAACGAUGAACAAAUGUAUGGCGCCGAACCAAAGCUCGAUGAAGGCAUUCACGGCCCCAAAAGUCUGGUUCUGGGAUACUCCACAUCUUCCGGCUCAGGUAAAGACGAAAGCAAGCAAGACAGCCACUAUGUUCCUCUACCGGGUGCCUUUGUGAACCAUCUCAUAGAUCGAUAUCCACGGGGGAAGAUAUUCCAUAUCGAAAAUGAUGGCAGCAUUGCACUGAGCUAUCAAGGAUUGUCGAAGGUGACCAGCCAGGCCUACACUGGAAACGAGAAUGAAGUCAAACCCGGGUCACCGAAAGAGGAGGAAUAUCGACAAGAGACCAUGGAAAUUAAAUAUUUCCAUAAGAUUCUACCGGACGCCCGUUGUCUUGCCAUCUAUCCUGUUUGGGAUUUCCACCGAAGUCGAUGGUUCACAAUGAGCCUGUCUUGGACUAAUGACCCUGGACGUGUAUUGUCAGAACCUAAAGAUCUGACAUACAUGGCAGCAUUCAGUAACACUGUCAUGGCGGAGGUUUCGCGGAUGGAUAUCGAAGCUGCCGACCGUGCCAAGGGCGACUUUAUCUCGUCCAUUUCGCAUGAGUUGCGGUCCCCAUUGCAUGGUGUUCUUGGUACUAUCGAGCUGCUUCAAGAAACAGUGACCAGCUACACUCAACAAGGAUUGGUUGAGACAGUGCACAGCUGUGGACGUACCCUCCUAGAUACUUUGAACCAUUUGCUGGAUUAUGCAAAAAUCAACACUCUCACCGUACCGAGGAGAUCCAGUCUGCAAGACGGAAGUGAGAUCACGAAUGGCUCACAGCCAAAGCUAGCAGUCCCCGGCCUCGAACAAAAGGAAGACUUGAGUGCACUGGUGCAAGAAGUCGUGGAGGGUCUGCUCGCUGGUGCCGAGUUCUACGGCCGAGAGGCGACCAACGCUGCCAAUAACCCCAAGCACGAUGACUGGCGAAUAUCAUCAAGUUCGUUGAAAGAUAAGAAGGGCCGUAUUAUGGCCAUUGUCGACGUCGAAUGGCAAGACAACUGGAACUACUCCAUAUAUGCGGGGGCCUGGCGCCGUGUUGUGAUGAAUCUCUUCGGCAAUGCCCUUAAAUACACGCAGACAGGCUAUAUCCGGCUCUUCAUGAGGAAGGACACUAUGGUUACAGAAGGUAACAAGGUUGUCCCGGCGGUGCGACUCACGAUCAGUGACUCGGGCCGUGGCAUGUCCCAGGAUUUCCUCCUUCACAACCUCUAUAUCCCAUUCAUCCAGGAAGAUACACAGUCGCCUGGCUUGGGGGUUGGCCUUCACCUAGUCCACCAAAUCGUCAAGUCUCUCAAUGGGCAAAUCCAAUUUAAGAGUGAGAAAGAUCGUGGCACGGAUGUUGACGUGGUCUUUCCCUUGUCAGAGCCACAGCCACCCCUGAAGCAACCGUCACCGUACCAUUCAUUGAGAGAGCAGCUUCGUGGCAAGAGAGCUUCGUUCUUCACAAAGAGUCUGCAGCGUGGCGACCUCGGUAUUCGCCCGGAAGUUUUUGAUAAUAUUAGGUUCAGUCUGGGUCGCAUGGUGAGCGACUGGUUCGGGCUGCAAGUUUUGAGCUCUGAUGAGCUUCAAGAUGGAGAGGUGGCAGAUUUCCUGAUCGUGACUGAGCAUGAAUACCGAACUAUGAUGAAGGACUCGGCUGGGUCAGAUAUUCGGCGCUUGAUUGAAUCCAGGGCAAAAUACCCGUUAAUCGUCCUGAGUGACCAAGCAAGCAGUUGGAAGGUGGUGAAAGAAAAUGAUCGUGACCAUGCGAUCUUCUUGUCUCAACCUGUGAGCCCAAAGACGCUAGCCACAGUAUUUGAAAAUUGUUUGCACCCGGAAGGGAUUGCACAAGAUCUCAAACGUGUGGGACCCUCCCCCAAAGAUAACAAAAAGGCACGGAAAACAAUCGACGCGCAAAUUGAAGCACCAGAGCAACAAAAAACAAGUGCCGGAAAGAAAAUUCUUCUGGUUGAGGACAACUCGGUAAACUUAAAGAUCAUUGAAACCUGUGUCAAGAAUACCGGGUUUGCAUACAAAACAGCAACCAAUGGACUGGAAGCAGUGGAAGCAUUCAAGAACGAGAGGUUCGAUGCGGUUGUAAUGGAUAUUUCCAUGCCUCACAUGGAUGGACUUUCCGCAACUCGAGAAAUGCGACACUUCGAAAGAGUAGAUAAACUCACACCGGCCCAUAUCGUCAUCCUCACGGCUGCACUCUCUGCUGAGAUACAGAGGGAAGCGACCAUCAGCGGUGUCGAUAAGUUCCUAACUAAACCUACGCCUCUUAAGCAGCUGACCCAAAUGCUCCACAGUCUGCCGCGGCUCAAUACUCGCCAGGAAAUUAUGUGA